AUGGGCCAUUGGUGGGCUUUGCAGCUGCAAUCUCUGGAUCCAGCUCAAUUAAAUAACACAGUUCAUGCUGAGCGCGACUUUAUUUUCUUCAAUCGCUUGGAAAAAGUUGGCAGUCAGUCAAUGACCCAGCUUCUAGGCAAGCUGGGGGAGCGCAAUGGGUUUGCUACGUAUCGCAAUGAGAUACCUCCUUCCAAGCCAAACACGGAGCUCUUUGAAGAAGAAGAGGAAUUUGUGCAACAGCUUCUUGAACUUGUAGACCCCGCUGUGUAUGUGGAACACACUAAUUGGAUUAAUUUCACGAGUCACAAUAUGCCAAAACCUAUUUAUAUCAAUCUGGUACGACAUCCCAUACAGAAGGUCAUGAGUGCAUAUUAUUAUCGUCGGCAUCCUAUGAUAUACGCCAAUGCUAUACAACGCCGGCCAAAUAAACCUGUGGAUACCAAGGAGUACUUCGACAGAACCUUCAAUGAUUGCGUCCGACAGCAAAUUGCUCCGGAAUGUGUCUUCGACUCCCACAAUCCCUUCAACAACGAUUGGCGGCGCUUCGCCUUGCAUCUGUGUGGGAAUAAGCCUGUUUGCGUACAAUUUAACUCGCAGACGGCCACACAGAUAGCCAAGUGGAACGUGGAGAAGGAGUACGCAGUGGUUGGCUCCUGGGAGGAUACAAAUAUAACCCUAGCUGUGUUGGAGGCGUAUAUUCCGCGAUUCUUCAGUCAUGCCACUGAAGUCUAUUACAGUGGAAGAGAUCGAUUUCAUAUUAAUACCACACCACACAACACUAAGUUGGAUGACGAUAUAGAAGCGAUGCUCAAAAUGCAAUUUGCUUUUGAAAUUGAACUUUACAACUUUUGCAAGCAGCGACUAUAUAAGCAAUACAUAGCGAUUCAGAAAGAGGAGUUGAUGCGCCAAUUCGAGGCGCAUUAG